AUGUCUGUAUCUGAGGACACAGAUAAGUUCGAGGAGUUGUUCAGAUUCUCCCGCAUGUGUCAAGGAGCUCCAGGAGACUUUGAGGAGUGGAAAUGUAUCAAGUAUGAAGGAGGACUCCGAAGUGACAUCUAUAGUUCAGUAAGCCCUAUGGAGAUCAGAACUUUCUCUGAGUUGGUUAAUAAAAGCAGAGUUGCCGAAGAGUGUGUGAAAAAGGCAGCUGCAGAAAGAGGAAGCCAGAGGGGAUCAUUCCUACUUAGCGGAGGGAAGAGUUUUUCUCCUAGAGGUCUGCCCUUCAAGCGGGGAGGUUUUGCGCCACAGAGGACUCAGGGUCAGAAUAAUUUCAGAAGGCCCAACAACAACAACAACAACAACAAUGCUUCGGGGAGAAGAUUUGGGACGCAUCCCUUGAAUGAGCAAGCUUGCACUAGGUGUGGGAGUUACCAUUCUGGUGCUCCGUGCAAGGCCUCUAUAGGGGCCGAGGGAUCCGAGACACUUAUCCGAGGUAAAUGUGAAAUAACGGGUCAAGUUUUAAAUGCCUUGUUUGAUUCUGGAGCAUCACAUUCGUUCAUUGCAUUUGAGAAGGCUACUGAGUUAGAGUUGAAGAUUAUAAUGUUAGGUUAUGACCUGAAGGUGUAUAAUGCCACCCAUGAAGCCAUGGUAACUAGGCUUGGAUGUCCGCAAGUUUCCUUUAGGGUCAAGCAGCGUGACUUUGUACACAAUCUAGUCUAUUUUCCGAUGGUAGGUCUUGAUCUUAUCUUGGGAUUGGACUGGUUGUCCAAGAACCACGUUCUACUCGACUGUUCUGCAAAAUCAUUGCAUUCUGGGGCUGAGUUUCAUGAAGCAUUUCCCGAUGACAUUGAGGAAUUUCCGCCUCAUCGAGAGGUUGAAUUUGCGAUCGAAUUGGUGCCGGGGACAGGGCCAAUCUUUAUUGCUCCUUAUAGGAUGUCACCACUAGAGAUGGCCGAGCUGAAAUCUCAACUCGAGGAUCUUCUGGUGAGAGAUGAGGACAUUCCUAAGACUGCUUUCAGGACUCGUUAUGGUCACUACGAGUACACUGUAAUGUCUUUCGGAUUGACAAAUGCUCCUGCAGUGUUUAUGGAUUAUAUGAACAGGAUCUUCCAUCUGUUUCUCGAUAAAUUCGUUGUUGUCUUCAUUGAUGACAUACUGGUUUAUUCCAAGACUGAAGAGGAUCAUGCGGAGCACUUAAGGACCGUGCUGUAG